AUGACAAGUGGAUGUUUGGUAAAAAAUUUGAAAGCUGUGACAAACUUAGCACCAAUUCCGGUUAUUACAUGGGAUCGUGCAGAACGUAUCCGACGAAAUAAAGAAAUAUGGGACAAUAAGGAUUCUAUAGUACAUCGUUUACCUUAUCAUUAUAAGAAACGAUACUGGGAGUAUGUACUUAGCGAAGCAAAACCUGUACAUUAUCGAAAACCAACAUCCAGAUAUGAAUGGGAUGCUAAGCGUCGUACGAUGGUAGAAGUUGAGGAUUAUCCGAUAAUUGGUUUCCAUCCACCAGAAGCUGAUAAUGGAUUAUGGGGUGGCGAAACGGUAGUGAAAGGUUACGUACAGUCACGUCCUUUUACGAAAAAAAAGAUUUUACCAAGGCAUUGGGUGCCGCAUUUUUUCUUCCCAAAUUUGAAAAAUGUUCUUACAUAUUCGGAAGUUCUGGAUAAACAUAUGAAGAUUACCAUGACGGAGCGUACUUGUCGCUUGAUCGACCAACAUUUUGGGCUUGAUUUGUAUUUAUUAGAAACGCCCGAAAUUGAUAUUGCUUCAAAGCUUGGCAAUAAAUUAAAGCGUGAAAUUCUACUUGUUUUGGCAAAAGGUACUUAUUAUCCAAAUGAUCCAGAACGGCACAACUUCAUAAAGCAGAAAUAUGCGAAUUUUGUAAUACCAUUAGAAGAAGCCGACUGGAUUGGUUUAGAUUUAAACGAAGCAUGCAGAAAGCAACAAGAAAUAGAAGAAAGUUUCAAACCGAUGCCAGAAAAGUAUAAAUUUGAGCUUGAUCUAGUUAAGCGAUUGGCAAGUGGUGAAGAGAAUCCGGACCAUGAUAAAAUAAUCAAGGAAUUGGAAUCAGAAUCACUUUUCGGUCAGAAAACAAGAAAUCUGGUGAAAAAUGCAACACAACGGUUGAAAAAAAUGGUGAAUUAGGUCUAAG